AGCAUAUUGGUUAAUAAAUGAGCAUAUUGGUUAAUAAAUGAGUGUAUACAGUACGCAACUAAAUUAGCAAUAUCUAUAAGCAAAUAAGUGAGUGCAUAGGUAAGUAAAUGAAUGUAAGGGCAAAUAAUAUGGUAAUGUGUUACUACACCAUGCCUUUCUGUUUCAGCACACCUCUAAGGUGUUUUAUUAAUUAUAAAGUUAAAAUUGUUCCUUUUGUAUUAAAAUGUUUCAAUUCGGUUGUCUAUUGAAACAAUAAAAGAUCAGAACAGACCAAAAGCAAGUAAUGCAAACUUAAACAUGUGUUUUUUAUUCCAUUAGCAUUGAAGAUGUAUCAUUAUUAGAGAAAGAAUGACAGACAUGUGAGUGAAUGGGAACUCCCUCUUCCUUCACGUCCACUGCAGUAACAGUGCGCACGUGACUGGUGAAGGCGAGAAGGUUGCGUCCCAAUCUGCGCGCGCACUACCCUAAAUGCACAUCGUACAGUACGUCGAGAGAAAACAGGUUACUAUGGUUACCAUACGCAGCGUAGAAUCUCCACGCGCCGUGCAGUGGGCUACAGGGCUGUGAGAUUGGGACGAAGCCGAGGAAAAAGCCUUCCCUACUUGUCUGUUUCUGCAACACGCCUCCCUGAGCAAGUCGCGGGGCCUCGUGAGGAGAACCAGCACCGGACAGACAGACAGCUGUCAGGGCUGCACGGGAAGCGGGCAUGGCAUCCCCGAGCCUGGGCUUUAACGGGGCUCGGAAGAAAGCCGCCGCGAGGAACGGAGCUGUGGAGAGGAGGAAUUUAAUCACCGUGUGCAGGUUCUCUGUGAAAACACUGAUCGACCGGUCUUGUUACGAAACUAUAGACGACACGUCGCCAGAGUUCAUCAAUUUCGUCUCCAUCCUGGAGCAGAUCCUCAGCCAUCGGCUCAAAGGUCAGGUAACUUGGUUCGGCUACGAGAGUCCACGUAGUUUCUGGGAUUAUGUACGUGUGGCCUGUAGCAAAGUCCCUCACAGCUGCAUCCCAAGCAUUGAGAGCAUGGAGAAUGUACGCAGUUCCAGAGCCAAGGGUCGUGCAUGGAUCCGAGUUGCCUUGAUGGAGAAACGGCUCUCUGAAUAUGUAUCUGCUGCCUUGAGAGACUUCAAAACCACAAGAAGGUUUUAUGAGGACGGCGCGAUAGUGCUGGGGGAGGAAGCCGGCGUGCUGGCAGACACUCUCAUUGGACUAAACGCUAUUGAUUUCAGUUUUUGUCUAAAGGGUGAGAGUUUGGAUGGAAGCUGUCCUGCUGUAAUUGACUACACACCUUACCUCAAGUUUACGCAAACCUCGGACAGUAUCAGCAGUGAUGAGGAGGAAAUGAGGACUCUGGGCAGCAGUGGCAGCGAGGCCAGCACUCCGGAGACCAACAUGGCCGCCUGCUUGAGCACGGACCUGAGCAGCUGGUACAGCAAAUGCAAAAGAGUGGAGCAGAAAUAUAGAGUGGUGUUGGAACAAAAGUGUUAUCUGGAGGAGCUGGUUCGUCUAAGAGAGGCUCAGCUCUCAGAGUCCGUCUCCCAAAAUAAGGCUUUACUGCAGCGUUUCGCAGAAGCCGGCCUUAACCAUAAACUGGAGAAAGAACAACUGGAGUUCAUCAUCUUGGAGCUUCAGGACCAGCUCAGAACUGUACUGAAGAACCAUGACCUGCGAUCCAGACAGGAGCUCACCUCUCACCUGACCAAUCAGUGGCCCUCGCCCGGUGCCAUGGACAGCAACGCCGUCGCUCUGGACACCCUCCUCUACCAGAAGCGCACAGGCCCCUGGGAAGAGUAUGAACCUGAAGAGUUUUCCGAGUCUGGACCAGCUGUCCGCAGAAAUGAGUCUGUCUCAAAUGUCCCUGGAGCCGGGACACACACACACGCACAGUCUGGAUGGCAAGACCGGAUUGGCCUCCUGGCACAGAGAAGGUAAAGAGGACACUCCGUCUCUCAGGGGUCUGUGUGGCUCUCUGACUUCAGUGGCCAGCUAUAAGUCCCUGGCCAGCCUGAAGUCCAGCGAAUAUCUGGCCAGUCCAACUACGGAUA